AUGGGCGGGGCUGACUCCGGUAGAACGCAUCGCGAGCGCAAGGAACAAUACAUCCGAUCGAUGGAAACCGAGGUCUCACGGUUACGAGAAGCAUACACGACGGAAAUCACAGACGCCAAUAUGACGAUUCAGCAACAAAAGGGUAUUAUUCACGCAGCUCGGGAGGAGAACGAGAUCCUCAAGGAAAUUCUGGCAGCGCACGGGGUACAAUACGAAGCCGAAUUGGAGCGACGACGGGCGGAGCGCCCGCCCGUACACUUCGAUGCCAGCCCCGUCGCACCCAGCAGCACAGCAUCACAAUCAGUGCCUCGUACAACCUCGAUCAGCAAUCAUGACACAACCCCGGCGACCACCAUCUCCGACCUGAGCCCGCGUGCGAACGGAAUGGAUCACUCGGAGAUCUCCCCUUCGAUGGGAUAUGGGGGCCAACAAGUCUACCAAACCAGUCCGGGCGAGCACUCGAUGAGCAUGGAUCAUUCAUCAUGCACGCCGGUAGAUGCCAUGCCUCCCAUGCCGCCCAUGCCCAUGCCCGGUCCGCGCGGCGUGUUCGAGACAGAUCCACAGCUGCAAGUCGACUUCAUUUUGACACUAGAAGGACCUUGUCGCGAACACACAGAUUACCUGUGUCGACGAUCCGUCACCGAAGCCGACGACGAAGACAUGCCAUUCUCCGGCCAUGCCCUGAUGGCAACUUGCCCGCCACCCAGCUAUAUCGAGAAAACGACCCACGAACAACCAUAUCCACACCAGGCCCCAGACCUGCCCCACGCCAACCUGAGCACGCUCCUCAAUCUCAGUCGACAGCUGGUGACAGAGGGCCAAAUCACCCCCAUUAUGGCACUGCAGCACCUCAAGAACCAGAAGCAAUACGCGAGUCUCCGUCGCGAGGACAUCAAGGUUAUCAUCGACACCCUCAACACAAAGGUUCGCUGCUACGGCUUCGGCGCUGUGGUAGAGGACUUCGAGUUGAUGGAUUGCUUGAGCAGCGUGCUUGGUACCAGGGUGGAACUUGGCAUGUCAGGCACAGCCGACGACUCGAUGUACGGCUAG